UCGACUAAAAACUGCAUUGUUUUUCGAGACAGGAUCCAAGAACAGAUUCGAAAAGGAAGUUUGAAGUUCUCAGCUAAAACAGAAAAAGCCAUGGGAAUUGACAGGGAUCCCUUUCCAGAAGUUGGAGAGGCAGCAGCCAAUGUCAUUACAUCAGACUUCCAGAACUUGUCCUUGACAGAAUUGGAGGAAGUCAAUGUGCAGAUGCAUGUUGCUAAUCAAACCAACAUCAAGAAGAAUACUAGAAGCCCACCAGUUAUUGAACAGGGUUUCUCGCACCAGAGGGAACACUCUGAUGAAGAAUCACUGGAUGAUGAUUCUUUAGAAGCAGCGGUGAUGCAGAGAAUGUGCCCCAGGUGCAGACUCAGUUACAAGUGGUUGAAGGGGCUUCCAACUGAUGGGAAGCAAUACUACAGGGAUGUUCAGAGACGUCCUAAGUCAACCAAUGCUUACAACAAAAGGCCGUAUCCGGGUAGUGAUAGGCAGCGACCAUCAAUGGUUGAACCUGCAGUGGACAGAAUGCAUGCUAAAGGCAAGAGGUCCUUGUAUGAGUCUAGACCACCUAACUACUACAGAGUAGAAAGCAACCAUUCUGAAAGAAGAUUGGGGAAGAGUUCAGGUUACGGGAUUAAAGCCAGGGAUUGGCCUCCUAGACUAACCUCACGCAGAACUGAAAGUGGCCACUUUCAUCAAAGGCCAGAAACAGACUCGAGACAUGAAGUCAGGAACAAGCAUCUACCUUCACAGCCAGUUUUGAAGGCGGUUUCGAAGGUAGAAAGAAACAGUUCCACAUCUGGAUCAGUAGGAUCGUGGGUGCCUGGAGUCCCAGACUGGUUUGUAAUGCAAAACAAACCUAGGGAAGUGCUUGCUUAUGGAGAUGUUGUAAACCAAGGCAGGAUGAUCAAGCCUCCUAUGGUGGCUCCGAAUAACUGGGUGCUGCUUAAACACCCAAAGACGAGGGAACCAGACAUGGUCCCAGUCAUCUCAAGAUCACAGAGGAGAAAAAUUCAGCGCAGGUACACCCAGUAG